AUGGCUGCCGACGAGCCACCUCUUCCUCCCUCCUCUCCUUCCUCGUCGGUAAGCCUCCACGAACAGACCGCCGCCCUUGCGACGUCCAGCAGCCGAACCUCAGGUUCUCCUCGUUCCCGUCUCUCUUCUCCACGCCGACAGCACCUCGGAGCACAACCAGCGCCGCCCUUAGUGGACACCGCCUCCGGCAUUUCGCCUCCUCCUGCGGUCGUCGCCGCCUCCUUUUCCGCCCGCUGCCACCUUCUCCCGCAGCCACUGCCGUUGCCUCCGGCAGGCGCUACUACCUCCGGCGGGUGCUGCCGCCCCCGGCGGCCAUCACCGCUGCCUCACGCCGCUUCCGGCGGCUACGGAUGCCACUGCCGAGGCCCCCAGUGGACAGCGACAUUUCUUCCAGCAGCGCCACAGUGCCUCCGGUGGACAGCGCCUCCGACGUCCAGCGCCGUCACCUCCGGCAGCCCCUGUCGCAGCCACCGACAACUCCGGGCAGCACCGUCACCCUCCAAGCAGUCGCCUGCCGAGGGCUCAGCGCCACCAAGGAGAAACGGAGGAGGGGAGGGUUUUCUUCGUGCUUUUCCGCCGCCACCACCUGCGGUAGCAGGAUGGCCUCCACCGCCAUGGAAAGGAGCAGCCGGUUCUUCAUCAUCCAGGGCCGCCUCCUUCGAGGAUGGCUGCCGACGAGCCACCUCUUCCUCCCUCCUCUCCUUCCUCGUCGGCAAGCCUCCACGAACAGACCGCCGCCCUUGCGACGUCCAGCAGCCGAACCUCAGGUUCUCCUCGUUCCCGUCUCUCUUCUCCACGCCGACAGCACCUCGGAGCACAACCAGCGCCGCCCUUAGUGGACACCGCCUCCGGCAUUUCGCCUCCUCCUGCGGUCGUCGCCGCCUCCUUUUCCGCCCGCUGCCACCUUCUCCCGCAGCCACUGCCGUUGCCUCCGGCAGGCGCUACUACCUCCGGCGGGUGCUGCCGCCCCCGGCGGCCAUCACCGCUGCCUCACGCCGCUUCCGGCGGCUACGGAUGCCACUACCGAGGCCCCCCCGUCACCUCCGGCAGCCCCUGUCGCAGCCACCGACAACUCCGGUCAGCACCGUCACCCUCCAAGCAGUCGCCUGCCGAGGGCUCAGUGCCAUGACGCCAUCAAAGCCAUUCAUAAAGAUGAAGCUUUCCAUCUGCAUCCUCCACAAAUUGAAUUCAUGCCUCUCGUAUAUCUCAUAUGGUGGCGGUUCGUGGAUGCUCCGUCCUUCUUGA